AUCUAUAUAUAUAGUACUAUAUGCUGCUCUCAAAGCAUACUCAAGAAGCAGUCCAACCUCAACGACAACCAUGAGAAACAGAGUCUCACUUUCACUCUCCUCUUUCCUAAUUCCUCUCUUCACCAUCACCAUCUUCUUCUCCUUCUCUCAAACACUAGCUCUUAACCCCGAAUGUGAAACCCAAGACCAUGGUUCAACCCUCCAAGUGUUCCACAUCUUCAGCCCAUGUUCCCCAUUCAAGCCCUCAAAGCCACUCUCAUGGGAACAGACAGUUAUGCAGCAGCAAGCCGAGGACCAAGCCAGGGUUCAGUACCUGAGCAGUCUGGUGGCUCGGAAGUCGGUCGUGCCGAUAGCCUCCGGCCGGCAGAUCAUACAGAGUCCCACUUACAUUUUGAGAGCCAAAAUUGGGUCUCCCCCUCAGACCUUGCUUGUAGCCAUGGACACCAGUAACGACGCUGCUUGGAUUCCCUGUUCUGGCUGUGUUGGAUGUCCUUCUUCGACAUUCUUCGAUCCUUCCAAGUCUUCCUUGUUCAAGAGCGUUACUUGUGCAGAUUCUCAGUGUAAGCAGGUCCCCAAUCCCACGUGCGACGGCAGCGCGUGUGGGUUCAACUUGACCUACGGUGGCUCCACCAUUGCUGCUAACUUGGUCCAAGACACAGUGACUCUAGCCACCGACCCAAUUCCGGGCUACUCAUUGGGCUGCAUUCAGAAGGCAACGGGUAGCUCAGUACCUCCACAGGGCCUGUUGGGUUUGGGCCGAGGCCCAUUGUCUUUACUCUCACAGACCCAAAACCUCUACCAGUCCACGUUCUCUUACUGCUUGCCCAGCUUCAAAUCCCUCAACUUCUCUGGGUCGUUGAGGCUUGGGCCUGUAGCCCAGCCCAUUAGGAUCAAGUUCACUCCUCUUCUCAAAAAUCCCCGGAGACCAUCUCUCUACUAUGUCAACUUGGUCGGUAUCAGGGUUGGUCGGAAAAUUGUGGAUAUCCCGCCGGAGGCUUUGGCCUUCAACCCCACCACUGGUGCUGGCACCAUUUUCGACUCCGGUACGGUGUUCACUCGUCUGGUUGAACCGGCUUAUACUGCUAUUCGAGAUGAGUUUCGAAGGCGAGUUGGUCGGAACCUUACUGUAACAACCUUAGGAGGGUUUGACACGUGUUACACGGUUCCGAUAGUUGCACCGUCCAUCACAUUCCUCUUCUCUGGCAUGAAUGUGACGCUUCCACAAGACAACAUCCUAAUACACAGCACCGCCGGCAGCACCACUUGUCUGGCGAUGGCGGCGGCGCCGAGCAACGUGAACUCUGUCCUAAAUGUGAUAGCCAACAUGCAACAGCAAAACCACCGUAUCCUCUAUGACGUGCCAAAUUCAAGACUUGGUGUUGCUCGUGAGCUUUGCACUUCAUGAAUUGUAUUUCUUUUUUUGGGGGUUUGUAUUUUGUUGUCUACAAGUGUCAUGGAUUUGAUCGUAAUAAAUGUUGUCUCCUAAGUUUUUUUGUUAAGGUGUUUGAUCUUUGUGGAUUGGAUUUGACUUUUGCUUUAGGGUUUUGUUGAUGAUUAUGUAGAACAUAUAUAGUGAACGCAAUGGAUGAUAUGGAACUAAAUUCAAGCUUGUUAUUAGUUAAUUAAGUUGAAUGUAACUUCCUUGUUUCAAUUAGAUAUGAAAUGAUAAUAAUAAAUAUGAUUAUGUAUCUGUUACGAAGUGUCCUUCUAUA